GAGAUCAUGGUGAGGAAGGAGAAGAAGUUGUUCAUUGCUUUCACUUGGCUGGUGGUGGUGCUUAUUGUGGCCGCCAUUGGUGUUAAUGCUGUGCCUGCCACUCGCCAACAGAGCUUCGAGCAUCUGGUUCAACCCCAAGCAGGUUGCCGCUGCUGCAAUUUUGUUGGGAGGGUCCCCAAUCUCAGAUGUGGGGGAGUUUGCUGCGUGGAUGGCUGUUGCUAAAUUAUGGUGGUGAUGAGUGAAUUAUGAAUAUCAUGAUAUGAUGCCUGCAGGUGGUGGCUUUGUGAUAAACCGAAUAAAUAAAAUUUUAUGGAUUUUCCCUCGAAAUGGUAUCUCGACU